AUGACACAGACAAGUUCAGUAUGGGGCAUUUUCGUCUUACUUCUUCAUACCGCCUUUGGGGAAAGUGGCUGCACCUCAGCAGAUGGUGAUGGGACAUUUGGAGAUGAUGAAUCAGGCAAUUUUGACAUUGACUGCUUCAGCCAGCUGGAAUUUAAGGAGUCCUAUAGCAGCCUGACCUGCAAUUUCACUGAACUGCCUCCUCGAAACACUAAUUAUACCCUGGCCCUGUGUACCAAGGAAGACAGCAAUUAUUUGUGCUUCAAUAUGGAGAAACGAGAAGAUGUGUAUUUCUUACAAUUCACUGAUAUACUCUCAAAUAAAGACAUUUGUGUGAACUCUGAGACAAAGAGAAAGGUCUGCUGGAGUCUGGUUGUGACUGACUUUGUUAAGCCUGAAGUACCGUUCAAUAUAAACAUCACAUACCAAAAGGAAGCAAACGAAUACCUUAUUCAUUAUAGUACACCACACUCAUGGAAGAAAUACUUAAAGGACAAAUUAAUACACCAAAUAGCCUAUCGGCAGGAAGAAGGCACCUGGAAGACAAUAGAGUCACCAUUCCUUCAGGUAAAAUUACUGGGGAAAAACCUUCAUAAUGAUGCAUUGUAUGAAGUCAAAGUACGUUCGCAGCCCAAUGGAGAUUAUUUUAAGGGCAUGUGGAGCGAAUGGAGCACUUCCAAGAGCUUCAGGACUGCAAGGGAGCAGCACUCCACAGAAAGUUCCAGUGGUGUGGUCCUGGUUAUACUCUCCGUUCUGGGAUUCAUGCUGUCCAUUGUGAUGAUUGUUGUGGUUGUAACUUUCUGGGAAAACAGGAUCAAGCCGGCUGUGUGUCCAAAUCUUCCAGAUCAUAAGAAAACACUUGAGCAACUAUGCAAGAAACCAAAAAAUAAUUUUGAUAUAAUCUUUAACCCAGAGAGUUUUGGUUAUGUUCAUAUCCAUAAAGUGGAUGGCAUUAGAUCAAGAGCUGAAGUGGAAAAUUUUCUGCAGCCAUCAACUGCUCAAGACACAAACCUUCCAGAAAAACUUAAGAGUGGAACAGACCUGAAGACAAUCGCUGAGAUGAUAGACAAAAGCAACAUAAACUCGUCUGUGACUUAUGGAGGAGUCUGGCCAGCUGAAGCCCUGCAGAGACUCUUGGGCACCAACCAGUCUGCAGGCAAUGAAGGAGAUUGUAACUCCUGCACAUAUGAGGUGUGCCAUAGUAAUGGGGUGCCCUUGUGUGAUAAAGGUUUCAGCCUUUCCUCCACUGUUCCUCUGGAUUCUUCUGGCCAGCCUAGCCCAGAGCCCCUAAAUGGUGACACCAUACUGCAGAUGCUGCCUGCCACUGAAAUGUCAUCAAACAAUGAGGAAGCCUAUGUCACAAUGUCUAGCUUCUACAAAAUCCAGUAA